AAUCAAGAUAGUAGUAAUUCAAGAAACGAUCACAGUUUUGGGAAAGAUGGGGAGCAGAGUCGUGUGGAAAAUUGUUUUGCUAUUGGUUUUUAUUGGAUGGCUCUUCAUCUGGAUAAUGUUACCUACAAAGACUUACAAAGAUUCAUGGACUCCCCAGCUCAAAAUCAAGCUCAACUCCACAUAUUUCAGAGAACAAGGGACAAAUCUUCUUUUAUUUACAUUUCCUAUAAUGUUGAUCGCUGCUCUGACCUGCAUCUAUCUUCAUCUUUACAGCAAGUCAAGUUCUGAUCAGAGUACUAAUGGCAAUAAGGGGCAAUAUUCUCGUUCAUGGAAACGGCCUGUGCUUGCGAUGGCUCCUCUGGGAAUUGUGAACGCCGUUGAGCUUGCAUUUGCUGCUAUGUUUAUCGCCCUUCUAAUUUGGUCUUUAGCCAACUACGUCUGUAUCAGCUUUGGCCGUCUCCAUAUGCACAACGCUGGAGAGAAAGUGUGGAUGGCAAAGUUUCGAAGUGUAUCUUUAAGGCUUGGCUACCUUGGGAAUAUUUGCUAUGCGUUUUUGUUUUUCCCUGUGACCCGAUUGUCUUCAAUUUUGCCGCUGGUUGGGCUAACCUCAGAAUCAAGCGUUAAGUAUCAUAUCUGGCUUGGUCAUGCCUCAAUGGCUCUUGCCAUUCUCCAUAGUGUUGGCUUCGUCAUAUACUAUGCCAUGUCUCAUCAAAUGAUAGAGGUGUUAGAAUGGAGCAGUACCUACGUAUCCAACGUGGCUGGAGAAAUUGCUGCCUUGGUUGCAAUAGCAAUGUGGUGUACUAGUUUGUACACGAUCAGGAGAAAGAUGUUUGAAGUAUUCUUCUACGCACAUCAUCUCUAUAUUCUCUAUAUCUUCUUCUACCUAUUGCAUGUUGGUGCUGCCUACACAUGCAUGAUCCUCCCUGGAAUUUUUCUCUUUAUGAUCGACCGAUACUUAAGAUUCUUACAGUCUAAAGGAAGGGCUCGAUUAAUUUCUGCACGUCUUUUACCUUGUAGCACUAUAGAACUCACCUUUUCCAAGAAUCCAGCAUUGACGUACAACCCUACAAGCAUCUUGUUUGUGAACGUCCCAAGCGUAUCCAAGUUGCAGUGGCAUCCAUUUACUAUAGUUUCUAACAGUAAUUUGGAGGCAGAUAAACUAAGUGUUGUCAUUAAAUGCACGGGAAGUUGGAGUGAAAAGUUAGAAAAACAACUUUCUUCUUCUCCGGAUCAUCUUCAAAUCUCAACAGAGGGACCUUAUGGACCUUCAUCAUCACAUUUCUUAAGUCGGGAGUGCCUGGUAAUGGUCAGUGGAGGAAGUGGAAUUGCUCCCAUGAUUUCCAUAAUCCGAGAGCUCAUUUACAGAAGCACACAACCUAACACCAAAGUACCAAAGCUGAUCCUAAUUUCAGCUUUCAAGGACACAGCUGAUCUCACAAUGCUAGACCUCUUGCUUCCUCUCUCCACCACUCCAGCUGAUAUUUCUAAAUUAGAUUUGCAAAUCGAAGCCUAUAUUACUAGAGAAAAUGGACAAGAACAUAACAUUGAAAGUGUCCAUCACAAGCAACUCAUCCAGACAAUAGUGUUCAAACAUAAUCCAAAUGACUCCGCCAUUUCUGCAGCCCUUGGCCCAAGCAGUUGGCUAUGGCUCGGCGCGAUAAUUUCGUCCUCAUUUGUCAUGUUUCUCCUUUUGUUAGGCAUUGUCACACGUUACUCCAUAUACCCAAUUGAGCGCGAUGGCAGGCUCUAUCAUUACAGUGCAAAAAUCAUUUGGGACAUGUUCUUGGUUUGUGCCUCCGUUUUUAUUGCCACCAGCAUCAUUUUUAUGUGGCAAAAAAGGGACAAUGAAGCUGAAGGGAAACAAAUUCAGAAUGUGGAACUACCUACCCCUACAAGUUCACCUGCAAGUUUAUUAUGUGGUACAGAAAGGGAACUGGAAAGUCUUCCCCACCAGUCUCUUGUUCAAGCCACUAAGGUGCAUUAUGGUGCUAGGCCUGAUCUAAAAAGAAUACUUUUUGAUUGCAAAGCAUCAGAUGUUGGAGUUGUAGUUUGCGGGCCACAGAGCAUGAGACAUGAAGUUGCCAAAAUAUGUGCUUCUGGCUUGGCAGAAAACCUGCAUUUUGAGGCUAUCAGCUUUAAUUGGUGAUGUUUGGGUUUGUUACGUGCGACAAAACGAGGACAGAUGUGUGGUUUUUUAAUACUGUUUCUUUUUCUUUUUUCUUUCUGCUUAAUUGCUACUCAAUUUGGAAGGAUUGGCUUUUGGAUUGUUUGUUGUGUGCAAGUUUCUAACAUAGGACUAAGAAUGUUGUGUUGUGUACGGCCUAACCUCCUCAAAAGUUGUAUAAAAACAAUAUGCUCUUAUACUGUUCUACGUAUAAAGAAAAUAAUGAACAUCUUUAUGUGAAUACGGA